AUGUCCGCCCUCCACGGUAUCCUCGUCGCCCUAAUCACCCCCUUCACAGACGACAAAACACGCAUCGAUGAAUCCCGCCUCGAAUCCCACAUAAAUCACCUCAUCGCCGCAGGCAUCCACGGCCUCGUGCCCGGCGGUAGCACCGGCGAAUUCACCACAAUGAGCGUCGCAGAGCGGAAGCAGCUUACAGAACUCUGCGUCAAGUACGCCGCGGGUCGUAUACCCGUUGUCGCGGGGACGGGCGCUACAUCUACCGCCGAGGCAGUCGAGCUAGCUGUGCAUGCGGCGAAGGCGGGGGCUGCGGCUGUCAUGGUUGUGCCGCCGUUUUAUGACCCCGUGAAUCUUGAGCAGCUCACUGAGAUGUUUGAGGAGAUUCAUUCUGCGUCAGGGCUGCCGAUUAUGUACUACAAUAUCCCCUCUGCUUCGGGGCUGACUUUGACUCCCACCGAGAUUGCGGGGCUGUCCAAGGUUGGGGUUAAGUACCUCAAGGAUACAUCGGGUAACGCUCCGGCAUUCACGGAGCUCGUCUUCGGACUAUCAGACCAGAUUACUGCAUUCAACGGGUGGGAUACGCUGACCUUCUAUGGUCUUGCGGCGGGAUGUCCCGGUGGCGUUUGGGGUGCGGCUAAUAUCAUCCCUGAGCUGGCAGUUGAGUUGUAUGAGGCUGUUUCUGUGAAGGGGGAUCUGGUGCGUGGUCGGGAGCUGUGGAGCAAGGCGUGGCCGAUUUGCAAGUUCCUGGAGAGCCACAACUAUGCGGCGGCGGUUAAGACGGGCGUUGAGUUGACUGGGCAGGCGACGGGUGGUCUGCGCAAGCCGUUUGCGUUGCUUAGUCCGGAGUUGCAGGAGGAGCUCAAGGGGUUGCUGAAGAAUGCUGGGGUGAAGACGAUCUAA